UGUGGAGACUUGAGAGGCAUUGACCAGAGUACUGUGUCUAGAAUUAUUAAAAGAGUUUCCCAUGAGAUUGCUAGUCGUUUUAGGGACCAUGUAAAGUUUCCUCAAACUGAAGCUGAAUGGUCAGUCAUUAGACAACAGUUUUUCGAAAUAGCUGGAAUGCCAGGUGUAGGAGGAUGUAUUGAUUGUACGCAUAUAAGAAUACAAAAUCCAGGUGGUAUAAAUGGAGAAGUAUUCAGGAAUCCGAUUCCUACUUUAUGA